CGUUGCUGAGAGGGCUAAUAGGACCAUCCUGGAAACUGCGCGAGCGCUGCUGAUCGAAUCAGGGCUGGGGAACUCCAUGUGGCCUCAUGCGGUGAGGCAUGCUACAGUGGCAAGGAACCACGUACUCACAAAGUGCAAGUGGCUGGCAAAAAUCAAGACGGAUGAGAAAGGAGAGCCAUCAGUUUACAAGAGCAGGCUGGUGGCAAAGGGGUUUCAGCAGAAAGAGAAGGAAGAUUACAAAGAAGUGUUUGCCCCCAACUGCUACAAGGCCAUCUAUGGCUUGAAGCAGGCCCCGAGAUGCUGGUACAACAGGCUGGCCAGUGCACUGGAAGGGAUUGGAUUCCGUGCGAGUGCAUGCGACGAGAGCCUAUUCCUGAUGGGCGAGGGGGAGUCGCUUGUGCUUCUGCUGGUGUACGUGGAUGACAUCCUGCUCUUCAGCAGCAGUGACAAGGAGAUCGAUGGGGUGCAGCAGAAGCUCACAGAGCAGUUCAAGUGCAAGUCACUUGGAGAGGCAAGGUACUACCUGGGAAUGCACAUUGAGCGGGAUACUGAACGUGGCUGGCUCAAACUGCAUCAGGGACAGUACAUCAACACCUUGGCUGAGAAGUACUCUCUGCAGGAAGAACGGCUUGGAGAAGGAAAUGUGUUCCUUUCCUGUUUUGCUGAUGCCACAUGGGCUUCUGAGCAUGAGGAUUCAUCAUCAGUAGGUGGAUACAUCUGCAUGGUGGGAGGUGGGCCUGUAAGUUGGAGGUCCAAGAAGCAGUCUGAGACGGCACUAUCGUCAGUGGAAUCUGAGUACAUGGCGAUGUUUCAUGCGGCAAAAGAAAUGAUUUGGCUAAGAAGGCUCUUGAAGGAGAUCGGCCAUGAACAGACUUGUGCGACACCUCUGUUCAGUGACAGCAAGGGAGCCAUUGCCAUGGCACGCAAUGCAGUUCUUCAUGGGUUGAACAAGCACAUGAGGAUCAAGUGGCAUUGGCUGCGGAAGGAGGUGAAGCUUGGGACACUAGAUCCGAUCUACGUGAAAACUCAGCAACAGCCAGCCGACUUCCUUACCAAGCGGCUAGCUGAAGAGCCACACUGGCGCUGUGUGAGGAUGGCGGGAAUGUCCUUGAACUAGAGACGGCGAAACAAGCCGACAGUCUGA